ACUUACAAAAUAGUAACAGUAACUUUGGAAAUGACAUCUCAGUUUUUGAAAGCGGCGAGGAAAGGCAAUAGCCAGAGAUUGAAGAAAAUGCUGGAGGCGGGUGUAGCGGUAGACGCGUGCGACGUAGAGAUGCAGACUGCGUUGUACAUGGCCGCGUUGAAUGGUCAAGUGAAAUGUGUCAAGACACUGCUGGCUGCCAAAGCGAAUUCGAAUCAUGAAACGGUCCGUGGCACAACUCCUCUACAUGCAGCUUGUCACCAUGGAGAUGUUACAACUAUUAGCACUCUCGUGGAACACUGCGGAGACAUGACCAAAGUCAGUCACGCUGGCGAAACUCCUAAAGAUAUCGCCGUACGUCGAAAGAACAAGAAAGCCAUCGAACUGUUGGACAGAAUAGACAGUUUUAUUAAAGGUCAAACAAGCAAUGCAUCGCUACAGAGAUUGUCAUCGUCACGAAUUUAUAGCAGAAGUCAAUUUUUGAUUCCGGAAGGACGAUCGUUGUUUGGUCUCAAAGACUCUUUCUCCAGGAUGUCACUGUCUGGCGUUGGAACUAACGGUUUGUCAGAGAGUGGCAUAGGAGCAUGUGCGAGUAUUCCUGAAGCAUUUAAUAUGCAUGUUACCGGACAACAUUUGCAGCUGUCAUCCGACAUGAUCCUUCAGCGUGGAAAGUGGAGAGGAGGCGCGGUGCUAGUGAAGAAACCACAUCCGGACAAAGUCAACCCCCAGCUUAUCAGAAUGCUGUAUAAUGAAGUUCACAUUCUAGGGCAACUGCACCAUCCCAAUGUCAUCAUGCUGAUGGCAGUUUGCAACAGUUUCAAUCAGGAUGAGGUGUGUAUGGCCUUGGAGCCGAUGAAGAGAGCCACGCUGACCUACCAGCUACAUGAACGGAAAAGGAGAUUUAGUGCUUUUGAGGUUCUGAUGCUGCUGACUGGCAUCGCGGAUGGUCUUUACUAUGUCCACGAGUCUGGAUUUGUUCACAGUUAUGUGAAGCCCGACAGUAUCUUGAUUGGCACUACGUUACAAGCCAAACUGUGCAAUUUUGAGUUCGCCCGAAGUGUUGACCGAGCAUCUAUGUCACAUGUUUCAGAAAUGUUUCCAUACAUGGCUCCUGAGCAACUUCAAGGAAUGCCAGUGGAUCAGGAAGGAGAUAUUUACAGUUUUGGUUGUGUGUUGUGGGAGUGUCUUACUAGUCGAAUUCCUUGGUCUGAGAAAGACAUUUUGCAUCUUCCAGAGUGGGUAGGAAAGAAGAAUCACCGUCUACAGCUGGAAAGAGCGUGGCCUGUCUCUAUUAAACGACUGUUGUCUGCUACAUUUGGCUCUGCGAAGUCACGACCUAAUCUUUGUGAGCUAUCUCUCAAGUUGAGUACUAUUGCCGAACUACAGAGUCCAAAUAGUGUACGGCAAAUCGACGACCCAUUUAGUGGCAGUCACCAGAAAACAAAGUCAGUGGUUGGGAUGACUGAAAGUCUGCAUCAUGGGAUGAUCAGCAGCAAGUCUGUUUGCGGUACGUGGAGAGGAGGAGCGAAUGAUGACUCGAAUGAUAGUUUUGCAACAACUUCAACUAUUCAUGAUCCAUGCAACAAGAGCUACUGCCAUGAAACUAGCAGCGAUGAUGAAAUGGCACCACCAACGGCAGCAAGACGAUGGAAAAAGCACGGCGAGCAGACAUUGUCGUCACAAGGAAGGAGCUACAGGAGAAGGUUGAGACAAAAUCUUCGCAGGAAAUCACGUGAUCGAGUCACCACUCAAAACGAUGUCUUGCCUGGAUGGGAUAUCCAGAAUGGUGUAUCAUCGAGACUGGAAACAAGAGUUUGUGAAGCAUCAGCAAAGACAGUAGACGAGCGAGGUGGCUCAGCAAACGAUGAGGAUCGUAGGGAUCACGAGAACAGUACAGAUGCUGUACAGGAGUUUAGCUUAAAUUUUGUUGAAGAAUUCAAUACUUGCAGUGAAGGUGCUGAGAAUGUGUCAUGCGAAGUUGUGAGCCCUCCACUGCAGGACCUUCUUGAUGCAUUGAAGAUACGGAAGUUUGAGUGUGCACCAGAGGGAGAGGAACAUAUCAGGCGUACUGUCUCAGCUCGUGAGACUUCGUUAUAAGGAUACGAAUGACAAUCAACUCUUGUACAGAUGGUGGCCAUCAAUUGUUGAAAUAGACGAGAAGUUGGUUGCUACUUGCAAACAAGUGCAUGGUGUGACCGUAUUGGUAGCUACUGUUUUAUGAUGGCACAUGCAUAGACAGGCCUUUGGAUGUAUCUGCCUGUAUAUGAUAGUGGUGUGUGGUCUUUGUGCGUGACAUGCA